UUAUGAUUGACGUAUGUUUUGUGACUUAGGCAGUAUGUUUUGUGAGCAUUGUUUGUGAGUGAAAUCUGAACCUCACUUUUUUUGUGGAGGAAAAAAAUUAAAUAAAUAGUGGUUUCUUUAACAAAUUAAUUGUAUAUUCAUCCGUCAGUAUAUAAUGGACAACGAAAAUGCCGUCAUAUAUGGACUAGAAUUUCAAGCUCGAGCGUUAGCCCCACAACUAGGAGAGACAGAAAAAAUACAAUUCAUUAUUGGAACACAGUCUCUUAAACAGACUAACAACCAGAUUCAUUUAUUAGAGUUUAAUGAAGAAAAAUCAACUAUCAAAACAGUGCUAAAAUUGACCUUUGUCUACUUCAUGUUUAAUAACAAAAAAUGAGAAAAAAUCUGACUUUUUGCCAAUUUUCAUGUAGGAGUAGAGUUAGAAAAUGUUCAUAGUCUUACUUGUGUGGGAAAUACUGAGUCAAUCUGCUCGACACCAUUCUGGUUCUAGGUAUUCCAUCAUACCAAUGGUGAAAUAUGGAAAAUCACAACAAGCCCUCUAGAUGCUUCAAAGUUAUCAACCUGUUAUAAUAGUGUAACAAGUAACCUAAGUUGUACAAUGAAAACUGACAUUUUAAAAAUACCAGAAGUUGAAAAUCUAGACACAACAGAAAAUUUGGAUGUCAUUACAACCCUAGAUACGUCUUCUUUUGGUAAUGAUGUAAAAACUACAGAAUUCCACCCUGCUGAGGAAAAUAAAGCUGUUACAGUAACCGACAGUCAUGUAGUGCUGUGGGAUAUAACAGAAAGUGCAGGAAAGAGUAUAUUAAACAUUCCUUUGGAAGGGAAAAACAAUCCUAAAUUUACAACUGGAAAAUGGAAUCCUUAUCAGAAUUGUAAUCAGUUCACCACUGCAACUGAAUCCCACCUAAAGACUUACGAUGUUAGAACAGGAGAUUUGGCAUGGAGUAUAGAAGGUGUUCAUAGUCAACUCGUGAGAGAUCUCGACUAUAAUAUGAAUAAACAAUAUCAUGUUGCAACGUGCGGUGAUGAUGGGUUCUUGAAGAUUUGGGACUUCAGGCAGACAACACAACCUGUAUUCGCUAGAAGUGAUCACUCACAUUGGGUGUGGAGUGUAAGGUUCAAUCAUUUCCAUGAUCAACUAAUUUUGACGGCGAGUUCAGAUGCUAGAGUACUUUUGUCCAGUGCUGCAAGUGUCAGUUCUGAGAAUAACGUUGAAUCGUGCUUACCUGAAGAUGCCAAAGGCCUUGAAACCAAACAGACGUUGAAAGACGGGCCACUUCAAUGGUGUGAACAUGAGGACAGUGUGUAUUGUGCUGAGUGGUCGCCAGCAGAGCCGUGGGUAUUCGCAUCUUUGAGUUAUGACGGAAGGUUGCUGAUAUCACACGUCAGGAGAUCGUUGAAAUACCAGAUCAUGCUGUAAAGGUGCGCGCCCAUUAAGGUGAAGAGAAGCGAAUCUCUUCCGCUGGGAUGCUUUACAACGAGAGCCCGCGCACUGGAGCGGUUGAAGGGAAGCCACGUGUCACGUUAAGCGCGUCCAAAUAACAAAUGUCGCCGCAGUUCCCUUGAAUCGUUUUGCCUCAGUAGGCGUGCAACUUAAUAGUUUAAUAUACUUCUUUCGUGGCUGAUUAAAUUACCGGUGCAGUGACAUAAAAAUCGGUGUACUAUACUAGAUUGAUCAUGCUAUUAGGAAGUGAUGAAGAAAGCCCUCAUUCCGUAUUUUAAAGUAUCUACUAUUUAUUGUGAAUUUUACGUUUUAAUAAAAUUUAGUUUACUGUUA